ACCGACAAUGCCGGUGCAAGCACCAGGUAGGCCGCCUCUUUCUCUAUCCCUUUCGAUGAUGUCUCUAACAUCUCCGCUUUCGUCUCUCUCUAUUUUCUCGAAUCUCGAUCGGACGUAAGCACACAUUGGUUCAACCCCAGAAAAAGGAAAUAAUGAAAUAAAAAAAAAAAGAAGAAAAAAACAAACAGAACCGGUAGCAACUGUAGCAGAGAGAGAGAACACAUGAAUUUGCAGAGGAGGUUCGGUUUUCUGCAAAUCUCUAUUCCUCUUCGAUUGCUCUAACUACAAUGAAAGAUCGUAGGAGACGUGAGAUGGUGUCAUGGAGCAGGUUUUUCUGGUGCACUGUCUUCAUCGUCUUAGCGUGCGUCCUCUUCACCGGCUUCACGUUCUCUACCUUUCGCCUCUUCGGAGAAUCAUUUCAUCCAGUUCUGUUAUCAGCGUGGCAGAAUCCGGCCAUGGAAGCUCUCUCCGGUGAGAAUCCCGCCUCACCGCCGAUCGAGAUUCGAGAAACGGUUAUCUUCCCCGACAAGGUACUGAUAUUCCUAAAAUACCCUCCGUCCGUCCCCUUAUUUACGAAGGAUCUCCUUGACUGCGUCUACUUCCCGGCGAACUCAUCACAUCCCCAACUGAAGCUCCCGCCGGCAUGGGUCGACGGUGACCAUCCAUACAACCAAAUCGUACGGUGCCCUCCCCCUAACCAUCAAGGCGGUUCCACCAUAACCGUCUCCCUCGCCUGGAAAUCCAACGGUCAUCUCGCUGCGGGGCCAGCCUACCGCUGGGAUUCUCUGGUGUACGAAGCCUUGGUGGACCGCGACAACACCACCGUUGUCUUCGUGAAGGGCCUCAAUCUACGGCCCGAGAGACUCUCCGACCCCUCCAGAUUCGAGUGCGUCUACGGCUUGGAUUUCAGGAAUCCGAGGUUGGUUCUCAAGUCUGAAGUCAUAUCGGUUGCCCAGGAAAUCGUACGGUGCAGUACUCCUUUGAUUGUGCUGAGAAGCAGCUUUUCUCAGAAGAAUCUAGACCGUUCCUCCGACUCCAUCAAGGUAUCCGUGAGGGUGAAUGCAGUGAGGGGCAGGAAAAUCAUCCUACACUCGGUGGCGCAGCCGAAACCGCUUCCAUCGCCGGAAUAUGACGCAGAAGCCGGAAACAAGAACGAUAUGUGCGUGUGCACGAUGAUUCGUAACCAAGCCCGGUUCUUAAGGGAGUGGGUCAUGUAUCACGCACGAAUUGGGGUGAACCGCUGGUUCAUCUACGACAACAACAGCGACGACGACAUCGAACGCGUGGUCGACUCACUUGAUGGAUCCGGGUUUAACAUCACCCGGCAUCUGUGGCCGUGGAUCAAGACACAGGAAGCGGGUUUCGCCCAUUGUGCAUUGAGGGCACGGGACUCGUGCGAGUGGGUUGGUUUCAUCGACGUGGAUGAGUUCGUACACUUGCAGUUACAAUCCGACCCCAACAACCAAACCUUGUCGUCGUUCCAGGAUCUGCUGACCAAGCAACCCCAUCAGGUUGCCGAAUUACGGGUAUGGUGCCAUAGUUUCGGACCCUCCGGGCUAAAAAAGGCUCCAGAAGAAGGGGUCACAGUUGGGUACACAUGUCGGAUGAUGGUCCCGGAGAGGCACAAGAGUAUAGUGAGACCAGAAGCACUGAAUCCUUCGCUGAUCAACGUGGUUCACCAUUUCCACCUAAGGGAUGGGUUCGAGUUCGUGAACGUGGAUAGAGGAGUGAUGGUGAUUAAUCACUACAAGUAUCAGGUAUGGGAGGUGUUUAAGGAGAAGUUUCAUAGGAGGGUUGCCACGUACGUGGCUGAUUGGCAGGAAGAGGAGAACGUGGGGUCCAAAGAUCGAGCCCCUGGGUUGGGUACAAGAGCAGUUGAACCGGAUGAUUGGUCGAACCGGUUUUGUGAGGUCACGGAUACGGGACUGAGGGAUUGGGUUCUGGGAGUGAUGGCCGAUCCUCAUACACACCUGCUUCCGUGGCAGCAACACCAGAAUGAUGAGCGAGAAGAUAGAUUAGUAUUGAUCGAAGAGGAUAAGAUAAAGAAGAAUAGUAGAAGGAAACAAAGACGAGGGAGUGACGUGAAUUAGAAUCACAUUUUUUGUUUUCUUUUUCCAUUUGGAUUUCAUUUAUUUCUCAAAUAUUUGUUUUUUUGUAGAUAAAG